CCUGCCGGAGCGGAGCAGCCUUCACCCAGAGGACGUCAAAGCAGCAGUGCGAUGAUCACAAGGAUUAUUUUGGAUCCGUGGUGGGAGCAGUGAAGAGAAGACACAGGAUCAGACCGUUACGUAUGGUACCAGGUGCGUGUUUGGAAUGUGUGCAGGAUGAGCAGCACAUUUGUAACAUUGGCUGAGGUGCUGGAGGCUCGAGGGGGACCUCUGCUGGAGGAGGAGGUCUGGUCCCUGCUGCUGGGCACUGCAGAGUCUUUAGUGGAUGUCUCCUAUAAGGGUCACAACAAUAUGUGUAACAUCAUAAGCCCCACCUCCUUGCUGCUGUCAGCCACUGGUACCUUAGCAUUUAAGAACUGCGGCCUAUCAGAUGAGGUAUCCACCUUCACUGCUCCGGAGAUGCUGCAGGGCCGUGCCAGCUCAACCAAACCUGCCAUAGAGAGGAUGCUGGUGUAUUCACUGGGUAUGACUCUCUACUGGUCAGUUGAUUUUCACCUACCUCAAAAUCAGCCAGUCCAGUUGAGUGACCAUCUCAACAGCCUCCUCCUCAGCAUGUGUGAGGACCUGGCCCAUCGCCGGGUGAAUCUCAACUCCAUCCUGGAAGCCUGCGAAUCUCAGCACAAAGCCUCCAUCCUGCCGUCGCCCACCAAAGUCAUCAGACAGCUGGUGGAGGAGGUUUUUCAUGAAUCAAUGGACCAUGGCUCUUUGCCAGACAGUAACGUUCCUUUGAGUGGCAGGAGCCAAAUGAUCAGAGAGAGACUUCAUGGUGGAAUGAGCUUCAGGAAGACACCCUUAGGGAAGAGAGGGCCCUUUUCAGACUUCAGUGACGGGAGUGCUGAAGGGAGGAGAUACUCAACAGACUCUGACUCAAAGUCAGGGAGUUUACCUCAGAGGCCUUGGAGACACAGACCAAGGAGUUCUCCCACACCGUUGUACCAGUCGUCUUUAGACAGACUCCCUCGUGGGGUUCGUCACAGGGACAGCAACUCUAGCUGGCUUGGUCGGAGCCCCCACCACGACAUCUCUCCCAAGACAUCAGGCAGAUCUCACAGUCCUUCUAUUACCUUCAGCGAGUCCUCUCUCAGCCUGAACCAGAGGAAAGCUAAGGCUUUGGGUCCCGAGUUCAUCAGAAUGCCAGAUGAGCAACACAUUGUUCUCGAGCUACCAGGAUCUAUUGUGUCCAGAAAGGGACGCUCUUGUGCGUCUCAGAGAGAAGUGACUGUCGUGCUGCCUAACGGACAGUACGUGGUGGUUCGCUGUGACAUUAAGUCCAAAGCAAGAGAUGUGUUUGACAUGGUGGUGGCUCACGCAAACCUGGUGGAGCACUUUUACUUUGGUCUUGCCUUCCUAGAUGAUGAUGAAUAUUUUUUUUUGGAGAAUGAAACUAAAAUCUCCAAAGUUGCGCCUGACGGUUGGAAAAAAGGGCAGAUAUUGUCUUUUUUGACAUUUCUUCGAGUCAAGUAUUUUGUUGAUGACAUCUCCUUCAUUUUGCACAGACUGACUCGUCACCAGUACUAUUUACAGCUGCGUAAGGAUAUCUUGGAGGACAGGCUUUACUGUAAUGAGGAGACAGGCCUGUUUCUGGUUGCUCUCGCGCUGCAGGCUGAAUUUGGGGAUUACAUGCCAGAGUUGUAUGGUAAGAAUUAUUACCAGCCAGAGCAUUAUGUGUCUAAGAGGAUGCUAGAGAAGCUGGCCCUGCCCACUGUCAAGGAAGAGCUGCCAAGACUACAUGCGAGUCAUGCCCAGAUGCUCCCCGAUGAGGCAGAAACCGAGUACCUGAAGAUUGCCCAGCAGUUACCAGAGUAUGGAGUUAUGUUCCACCGUGUGGGCAGAGAGAAAAGGCCGGUGGUGGGAGAGUUGGUUUUGGGAGUCUGUGCCAAAGGAAUCAUCGUCUACGAGAUGAAGAACCACCUCCGGACUGUCACCCGGCGCUUCCUCUGGAGGGAAACCGACUCCAUAUCCACCGGGCGGCGCAAACUGAUCAUAGAGUGCGGUGGGCCCAGUGGGAAAAAGCACAGUUUUGUAACAGAGAGCUCAAAAAUAGCACAGUACCUCCUCAACCUCUGCUCCGCACAGCACAAAUUUCACAGCGAGAUGACGUCACGACAACUCAACCACACCAUGAUACCAGAUGAGAACAUGGCCGUCUACCGGGGUCGUAACCUGAACCUGAAGCGGAUGUCCUGCUCAGAGGGCAUGUUGAACCAUGUUGGUUUGGCACCUGGUCAACCAGACUCCCUCUCCAAGUCCUGCGAUGACUUGACCGCAAAGUUGGAGGAGCGCCUCCGUCAGCAGAGGGAGAUGAGGAGGGAGAUGAGCAGAGAGAUGCACAAGGAGCUCCCUGAAACAGGAGAUUUCAGGGACAUGAAAGAGCGACAGUGUUGGAGCACUCCAGAGACAAUUCCCAGGAUGAUGUCCAGCGUCUCGCUACAGAAGCAGGAUUCUGAUACUUCCUCUUCCAUACGAGUCGAUACACCAACCAGGACCCCACCAGAGAGAGAGAUUGUCUGUGUAUCCCUGAAGAAAGAUCCGAAACUAGGCUUUGGCUUUGUGAUUGUGGGCGAGGACAAUACAGGUAAACUUGACCUUGGGAUCUUCAUUGCUUCCAUUGUGCCUGAUGGACCUGCGGACAGAGAUGGACGAAUCAAACCCGGUGGGCGCCUCAUCUCCCUUAACAAGACGAGUUUGGAGGGAGUGACAUUCAGUGACGCUGCUGCCAUCUUACAGAGCAGCCCAGAUGAGGUGGAGCUCAUUGUCUCUCAGCCGAAACAGUCCCUCAAGGAAAGUAAGAGUUCCUUGAGUCAAAGUACUCUUGGUUUGGCAUUGGAGAGGGGCUUUGGCUCACAGACCACACUGAGUGGCAGUGAGUACCGCCCUGCCAUGGAGGAACUGGAGGAGGCCAUCAGUCUGUCCAGCAUGGCGACCCCAAAACUGGGCAAGAGGCUCCACAUUCCUGUUGUUCGGAUACACGAUGCGCAGGAUGCGUGUUCGAGGUCCCCGUCGAUCUUAAGUUUGAAAGCAGGGGAGAGGUUUAUAUUGGAGCUGAAGAAAAGCAGUGGUAGUCUUGGCAUCAGUGUUGCUGGAGGGAUAAACACCAACGUGCGAUAUGGAGGCAUCUACAUCAAGAGUCUGGUGCCUGGAGGCGCUGCAGAGCAGGACGGACGCAUUCAGAUCGGUGACAGACUGCUGGAGGUUGAUGGGUUCGACCUGAGGGCCGUGGCUCACCAUCAAGCUGUCGAGUGUCUGAAGAGGACUGGGGAGGUGGUGAACCUGCUGCUGGAAAGGGAGCCCACAGUUAUGCUUGAGCCCAGACCUGACUCACCCUGCCCCCAACUGCCAUCAGUCCAUACACAGCCCCCCAGGACCGAAGUCUCCAUGGAAACGACCUUGAGUGGUCGAGUCAAGGACUACAGCUUUGUGACUGAUGAUAACACGCACGAGGUGGUGCUAAGGAAGAGUUUGUCCGGCCUCGGUUUCAGCUUCAACAUCUCACACAUUCGCGCGGGGCCAGACCGUGGCAGCGUGGUCCGCAUCAAACGUCUGUUCCCAGGACAGCCGGCGCUAGAGAGUGGGCUCCUGCGAGAGGGAGACAUCAUUCUGUCAGUCAACAAAGAGCCAGUCAAGGACCUCUCUUACCAGAGGGUCUUAUUCCUGCUGCGUGGAGCUCCGUCUGAAGUUCAUCUGCUCAUCUGCCGGCCGAGUCCUGGAAUGCUUUAUGAGGCAGAUGACAACACACUGAGUCCUGCACACUUCCGUGAGGUUCGCUCUCGCUCGCUGGAUCUCCGACUCGGAGAGGACUACAGCACGCUCCUCAAGUUUGAAUAUGAUGCCAAACUCCUUGCCCAGAGGCAGGUGGACCCCACUCAGGAGGAAGCUCUGAUCAGCACAGCAGAAAAAAGCUCAGAACCUCCUGCAGCUCCAACAACACUCUCCACUGAGGAGAGGGUGGACAGUGAGGUUCAGCCCAACCCGCCUCCCCCAUCUCCUCCACGCUCACCCCCAUCACCAACCUCACCGACAUCACCGCCAUCGCCAGUCUCGCCAGCCUCACCAGCCUCACCAGCAUCACCUACCUCACCCGCCUCACCUGGCUGUGGCUUUCCACCAGCUCCACCAGAGUCACAACCGACCGCUGGGAAACCAGGGGAACAACGGGAAGUAAAGGAGAAGAAGAGGGACGAGAAAGAGAAGGCGCCGACGACUCCAAGCUCAACUGUGAUGCUUAUGGAUGCGUAUCCGAAGACUGCCUCAAACUAUGCCAGUGGGGUCAGAGAAGAGGCAGAUGGAAGUCUGACCUACUGCCUGAUGGGUAAUGGACUGACUAUCAUGGCAGAUGAAGAGUAUCUGACCAUCAGCUCCACCCUGGAGCCUCUUCACAACCUCCCCUCCAGUCAGACCACUCACACGGCAACAACCACCCUCCGCUCUCAUACCUCCAACCCCUCCUCUAGUUUCACCUCUCAGAAUCCAAACCUCGGCCCUCACAUCCCCACCACCAGCACCGUCUCGCCCCUUGGCCUCUCCUCUGACACCCCGACCACUUGCUCCCUGGCCCACCCAGCUCAGCCACUCACAACCCAGCCUCCGAAAGCCAAGCACCACCCGAUCCAGCAGGGGCUCCUCCCAAGUCACUACAAAGUGAUGUCCAAGAAUGGCAGGCCUGUGGUGCCUCCACCCCAGCCUCCUACUCCACCAGCGACCCCCAUCACAGCCCAGGUCAUGUCCUCCGUGCCUCCCUGUGCCAGUCCACCUGCCCCGAUACUGCCACCCACAGUGCUGCCACCUCCCGCCCAGAGCCACAUACAGAUGAGGGAAGAACACGAGAAGAGAGAGAGGGAAUACAGGGAUGACGAUGAUGAUGAUGAGGUUGAUGAGGAGGAGGAAGAGAGUCGAAGAAAGGGUACGGUUAAAGAGUUCGAGCUGACAGUGAUUUUGACCAAGUCCAGGAGUGGAAGCUUUGGGUUCACGAUCACUCGAAGCAAGCUGGACAAUUGCUACUACAUACAGGAGAUACUGGACAACCCAGCCAAGGCAGAUGGACGACUCAGGGCGGGAGACCGGCUUAUCACAGUAAACGGACAUGAUGUGACCAGUGUGGCAGAUGAUGUUGCCAUGACCAUUCUCAGGUCAUCUCCGAGAAGGUUGAGUAUGACCCUGGGGAGGGCAGUUAGCAACCUGGUGGCCCCGCCUUCCUGUGACAGCCUUCCUGAUGUCGUUCUCCACAAGACACCUUCAGGACAGCUUGGUAUAAAGCUUACAGGGGGCAUCGGAAGCAAGUGGCAGGGCAUCUAUUGUCUGGAGGUGGUGCCAGGCUCCCCGGCGAGCGAGGAGGGCAGUGUCCAACCCAGUGACAAGAUCCUGUACAUCUGCGGCAGGUGCACACUGGGGAUGACCCUGGAGGAUGCGGUCAAAGCCUGCGAGAUCGCCCCUCGUAAAGUCAAACUGAAAAUCCUCAGAGAAGACCAGCCGGUGAACCCCAGGGCGAAGUGGAACGGUCUGUUUGACUGGAAAAAGGACAAGAAGUUCUUCGCUCGUUUCGAAGAGCCUGUCUCUCCGGAGAAAGAAUCUCCCACUGAAGAUGCUGAAGCUGUGUGUAGGACCACUGGAAGUUUCAGAUGUCUCUCUCUCAGCCAAGAACACGAUAGUUGCAUCAUGCAAGUGGAUUUCACAAAACCAGAAGGAGGAGGCCUUGGCUUUGCUUUGGUCGGGGGAACCAACGGCAGCAUGCUCAGAGUGAAGGAAAUCUGCUCUGGCGGAGUAGCUGAGCAGGACGGUCGGCUCAAAGUGGGAGAUAUCUUAUUAGAGGUGAACGGUGUGAUCGUGUCCGGGCUAAGCCACAAUAAGGUGGUGGACAUCCUGCGUAAAGCCGAGGGCUCUGUCCAGCUCACCAUCUGCAGGGACAUUCUUCCCAUGACCUACGGCGAGUCACCUUCACCGCCCAUCAUGUCCGCUCAGACUGAAGCAGUACUAGCCGAGCAGCCAGCUCCCGUGUCCAGCCCGGAUGCCUGUUCCUCACCCGAUGUCAUGCUCAAUAAGCCAGUUGAGCGCCCACCUGAGGCGGCGUUAGACCCUGUGGUCAACGAAGCUGGUGCGUUUCUUAACCCUCCACCUCCUCCACCACACCGACGACUGACUAUUGUAACAGAUGAGACAGAGAUUAAGCAGGAGAGCUGUAACAGCACCCCUUCUCAUCAAGCCUGCUGCCCGUCCCUCAAUGUCACUGACAUGUUGCAUGGAGCUUCUGACAGGAAACACAUCGUGACCAAACUUUUGGACCAGUCCUGCAAAGACAUCCGAAAAGCCCAGUCAGACGGCUGGAGCAGCGAAGAAGAAGAUGACGACGUAUUUGACGCCACCGGUCGGGAAACGACCUCACCCGAAACAGGCCCACCCAUUGUGUCAGAGGAGGAACUGGCCGGUUUAGCUCUCAUUAGCCCGGCUAAGACCAGCCAGUAUUCAGGCUCCAGAGUCAAAGCUCUCAUCCAGAUUCUGCAGCAUCAACUGGACCAGCAGGAACUGGUCAAAGAGUUCAUGGCUCUGGAGCAUCUGAAGCCAUCUGACAACUGUCUGGUGGGAAAAGCCCCCGAGAACAGAGAUAAGAACCGCUACAGAGACAUCCUGCCCUAUGACAAAACCCGUGUUGCCCUUGGAGACAACCAGGACUACAUCAACGCCAGCUACAUCCGCAUGCAGGUUGGGGAUGAGGAGUUCUUCUACAUCUCCUGCCAGGGCCCGCUGCCUUCCACAGUGCCAGCUUUCUGGCAGAUGAUCUGGGAGAGCAAAUCUGACGUCAUUGCCAUGAUGACCCAGGAAGUAGAAAGGGGAAGGAUCAAAUGUCACAAGUACUGGCCAGAGAAGCUGAGCGUGCCUCUGGACACCGGCAGGUUCCAGAUUCACUUGGAGAACCAGCAGUUCCUGGAGUAUUUUCACAUCAAGGUCAUUCGCAUUCUGGAGACAGAGACCGGUGAGACCCAUCUUGUCCGUCACCUGAAGUUCACACACUGGCCUGACCACGGCGUUCCUCACAGCUCGGAGCACCUGGUUCGCUUCAUCCGCUACCUGAGGGCGGUGCACAACAAGGGACCAGUCACCGUGCACUGCAGCGCCGGCAUUGGACGCACGGGAGUUCUCAUCUGCACUGACGUCCUUCUCAGCCUCAUUGAGAACGAUUUGCCUAUCAAUGUGAGCGACAUCGUAAAAGGGAUGAGACUUCAGCGGCAUGGGAUGAUUCAAACCAAGGAACAGUAUCUCUUCUGCUACAAAGUCUGGUUGGAGGUUUUACAGGGCAUUUUACAGCUUCACGGCAACCAGUGGCAACCGGAAAGUCCCCGAGACCACAAAGUAGUUUGAAUGCUUCCACGUUCCAGCUCACCUACCUGUAAAGCACAGACUGUGUUUGAGGAGCCAUGUGCAGUCUAUCACAGCAUUGAUCGGUGAUGCCGUUUUUCUUUGGCUGUAGUUAGUUCCGUUAGCUAUAAUAGGAAACCUGUACUUUUUCUCUGUUUUGAUACUUUGUGUUGAAGCCCAUUGUGUAGUUACGAUGACUUCAACUUUUUUUCUUUUCUUAUCUUGUAUGUGCUCUUGGUGCUGUGAUUAUAUGUCCAUUUAAUUUAGAUCACUGAGGUUGUUUUUGCCUUUCCAGGCUUAGUGAUUUGCCUUCUGUCUCUAGCAUCUUUUUCAAUUUCGUGUCACUAUUCGAAUGUAUAUCAUUUAUGUCUCUCCAUGUCCUUUAAUUCUCAAACUGCAUUCAUUUUUAAGUCAUAUUGCAUGGAAUUUAAAAUCUGGUAAUAUUCACAUUUUUUACCUGACAGUAAUGUCACUAAUGUCAUCAAAGUGCACAAGUGUACAAUAGGAUCAUCAUACCAAAGGGAGUAUCUGUUUGUGACCUUGAUGAGUAGCAUUUGAUUAAGCAUUGUGUUAUCAUUUCAUUAAGUGCAUUUGUACCCUGGAGAAAAGGGCAUUAGCAAAAGAACACUAUUGAUUUUUCAGUUCGUCAUCUAAGGAAAUGAAAAGAAUCAAGUGCCUUGGAAUGACUCACGCCUCUUGCUCCAAAUUGACCCCGAGUCGCUUAUCACAAGCGGUCGGGGUUGAAGAGCAAGAAACUGAUUUGAGAGCGCCCAGCGGUGUUUAGGUUGAAUGUGCAGCUUUCAGUCUGUUUGGGGUCUGAGGUGAAUGUUUGGUUGAUCCAAACCGGAGGAGGAUUACAUCUCAUCUUUUAAUUAGUUAAAACGUAGAAGUUUGCACACCGCCUGUCAAUCUCUUUUUCUGUUUUGUUUGAGGGCCCGUUUUAUACAAAAACACUCUCACAGUGAAAAUCUUACUACACAUAUUCACAACUUGCACAUCCUAAUACAGAUAAGGAAUGAUUGAACAUAACAGACGUUUGGAUGAGUUCAUUAAAAUUUUCAAUUCACUCUUUUACUCAAAUUUGAACGUGGCGUGAACACUGAAUGUUCAGAUUUUUUGUAAAAAUGUACAAAACGGACUUAAAUAAUUAGUUUUUAGGUGUAACUCGUUAUGUGACAGCAUCCUUUAUCUGUAUUCCAUAAGCUAUUUUAAUACAAAGUCAGCCAAAAAUGCAAAAAACAUUAAGAGGUUUACAAACUUUCCAUUUUGCCACUUGAGAGCAACAGAGCUGCAUCUCCAAGUCACAGAUCAAAGAUGAUUUAUAGCUGCGGGUUUGAACCUCAACCUUUGGAUGUAAAUGCUUGUAAGCUUUGUUCUUUUAGCUGCUAUCACACACACACCAGCUCUCUUAUUGCAUGCAGACUCUUAAAAUACAGAAGUCUGAGCCUGGAGUUUGACUGAAUGACUUGAUCAAAAUGUGGAAUGUAACACAGCAAUAGUCUCCACGUGGAGAGGCGAUCAGAAUGUCAACCUCUUACCUGAUAACGUCUCCCAAACUGUUCGGAGCAUGUCGGUAAGACAUAUGCAGUACUGUACCUUUGGCCAUGCAGAGCCGUCAGCCUCUGUACUGUGUAUGCAACAUCUUUACAUUCAACGCUGAUAGGUAACCCUCUGUUAUGUGCAAGUUCAUGUUGUCUCUGAGACCCCGAUGAUAUGUUUUCUCCCUCAGAUAUUGAAAUUAUCCUUGAAAAGAACAAACAAAAAGCACAUUUUGCGCUCAUCUGUGAAAAUGCAUCUUGUACAGUCGAGCAAGUGCUUAUGCAGUAGCAUUGUGAAAUGUAAUAACCCCUUAAUUGCACAACUGCUUAUUAAUGCUAAAUGAAUAUCUUGUCACCGUACAAGCCACUAUGUAACCAAUAACUGAGAACAAUGUAAUACCUCUCUCUUUAAUUAAAAACCUCUUCUGAAA